UUGCAUAAAGGCUCCCGUCUUGUGUGGAGGAGCUAUUAGCAGAGUGACACAGCUGCCUUACAGAACUAGAAGCAAUCUCAAGAAACCUGUGGAGUACUCUUUCCCAGCUGAUUCUAGAAGAAGAGCUUUCUCAUUCAACUAAAGAACAGAGACUAAGGAGCCAAAAUGAAAUUGAUCUUCCAGUCCUUCAUCUACUGCUGUUUGCUGGCAACAGUAGCACACUGUGUGGAACUUGAAGUGAAUCCUGAAUUGAAAAAGAGGCUAAGCAUAUGGCUAGGAAGCAGACUGAGGCGAGAUGUUGACACCAUAUCAGUAGAGAAGAGAGCAGAGGCUGAGCACCUUGUCAGACCAGAAGACAUCAGGGAUACGUUGUUGCCACAUUCCAGCACUGACAUCCACGUCCGAACCAAGCGGUCUUCAGGCUGUGCCCUGGGUACCUGCACAGUGCACGACCUGGCACAUCGUCUGCACCAGAUCGGCAAGUUGAGGGUCGGGAAUGCACCUCCCCACAAGAUUAGCCCACACGGAUAUGGCCGGAGGCGUCGCUCCCUUCCAUCACACAGAGUCUCACUAAGGCAAGAGCAGGGCAGGCUGAGGCCCGUGUGGAGCACGACUGACUCACAAGUUCACAAGCUUGAGGCCCUCCUCAGACGGACAUGAGCACCACUUUGCAACGGGAGUUGGGAACAAAAGCAAAGGAGUAGUGUCCUGCCUGCUCUGUUUUAAAAUUCUUGAAGUGCCUCAGACUACAGCCAAGUAUUCUCCAGCACAUUUGUUCCAGGCUGGAGGACCGAGUCAGUGAAUCAGAGCAAAACUGGCUGCAACUGAGUUUGUCCAAAGCUCGAGCCUUGCAAUGAGCUCAGCAAUGUACAACUUUCAAAGAAAAAAAAAAAAAACUGCAGCUGCUUAUAGACACUGGAUGGCACAGCAUGGAGCAAACUACAGGUGCUGCUCUCUGCAUGGCAGAGGAAAGGGAAGAGUGCUAAUACCUGGCAAAGUGGACUCAUCCUCUCGAUCAAGGGGGAGGACUAAUAUUCUGGGACUUAACACAUUUAUUCCUCAAGGCCAAGACUUUGAUAAGUGCUAUCCUUUAAGGAUUUGUGCCAUUGUGUUCCAUGAAACUGUCAGUACUUGUCUGCACUUUUCCAUUUGGACUUAAAGUCAAAUGAAUCAUCAGGAAAAGACAUCUUCAUCACAAUGCCAAACACGAAGAUAGGCUCCACAGCUCUAAAGCUAUCAGUUUAUAUCAAGUUUUGGACACUGUAUAAGGGAAAAAUGCCUUAGAUUAUGUGAUAUAUGUGCCAGUCCUUAAUGGACUGAAAUAUACUUGAAAUGUUGUUGUUUGUAAAAAAACACAAGUGCAAUCUAUAUUUGUUUUUAUUGCAGGUAUGUGUAUAUAUGAAUUACUUUAUUUAAAUAUUACAUAGAAGUUACAGUAAAGUACUUAUACAGAUAGAGCUAUUUUUGUACAGGAAGAAAUAUAUAUGGGCAUUGUAGCUAUUUGUCAUUACUCUUGCAAACUGUGGUAAUAGGAUAUCUGUUUUAGAGGUAUAUUAUAUAUUUGUAAAUGUGUUCUAUUUUAUUUGUGUCGCAGCAAUAAUGUCAUUCAAUAAACAUUUUGCAUACAAAAUCGAAA